AUGAGGGAAGUAUUCGUCAUCCUGUGCACCGGGGAUGUCGUCAGGAGGGUCCUGAUUCUCGCUUACAGCCUUGGAAUGGGCAACGGAGAAUUCGUCUUCAUAAACGUGAAUCUCAUCGAAAGCCAAAGCGAGCUAAACGGACUGCGCUGGUUCAAACAGAACGACCGGAUGAAUCGGGUAGCAAAACAAAUGUAUCAGUCACUUUUAGUGAUCGGAGUACGCGUUCCUACAAGUGUGGAGUACCGAAAUUUUGUGGCCUUGCUGAUCAAGUACACCAAGGACAACUACAACUCCAUCAUCUACGAAUAUGAUCCUGUGGCCACCUUUCUUGGAACGAAACAAGAGUUCGACUACAUUCCCGGAGUCGAGAUUCACUGGCCCGGGAAUCGAAACGGCCCGCCGUUAGACAUUCCGGACUGCGGCUUCCAGGGCGAUGCUCCGCAUUGUCAAGAACCAGAUGCGUUCCCGCCAUACGCCACAGCAGGUAUUGCGUUGGCUGGCUUCAUUGUUAUAGCAGGAAUCUCGGCGUUCUUCAUAAUCAAGAAACUUCAGUAUGAAUCUCAGCUCAACGACCAGUGGUGGAAAAUAACGUGGGACGACAUUACGCUGCCGGGCAAAUCGCUCAGCAAGUCCAGGGUGAGCCUUCCUAGCCACAACGACAGCAGUUUGGCCAGCCAGCCCGGAAUACGAGUGGCUAUCAAGCCGCUGAACGUCAAGAAGAUUCAUGUGAACAGGCAGCUCCUAGCGGAGAUAAAACUGAUCCAUGACCUCACGCACGAGAACCUCGUUCGCUUCGUAGGUCUUUGCCUGGAAGACCCUAAUGUUUCGAUCAUCACAGAACUGUGCACACGAGGAAGCUUAAGGGACAUGCUCGAAAACGAAGAAAUCAACAUCGAUUGGAUGUUCAAAUGUUCCAUGAUUACGGACAUCGUUGAGGGCCUGCACUACCUUCAUGGCACUGCGAUCCAAUACCAUGGUAGGUUGAAGAGCACAAAAUGCAUAGUGGACGGACGAUUCGUGGUAAAGCUAUCUGACUACGGGCUCCGACAUCUCCACGCACAACUGCCUGAACCUGAAGACAAGAAUCCGAGGUCCAUGUUCUGGACUGCACCAGAGUUCCUGCGUCUCAAAGAACCCCGGCAGCAUUCAUCGCAGAAGGGAGACAUCUACGCCUUCGCCAUAAUUCUCCAAGAGGUGAUCACCAGGUCCGGACCGUACGAGUCCCUGGAACGCAUUGGCCGCACCAGAUCGGUUAUGGAGCCUGAAGAGAUCCUGGACCGCGUGAAGAUGGGCACGACCCCGCCGUUCCGUCCCGAGGUGUCACCCGACGAGUGUCCCGCCGACAUGCUGCGUCUAAUGCGCGCCUGCUGGGCCGAGAACCCCUCGGACAGGCCCACCAUCGCCGAGGUCAGGCACGCCGUCAAAAAGAUCACCAAAGGACUGUCGAGCAAGAACUUCUUCGACAACCUGCUACAGCGGAUGGAGCAAUACGCAAACAACUUGGAAUCGCUGGUGGAAGAGAAAACGCAGUCUCUCUUGGAGGAGAAGAAGCGUACAGAUGAGCUGCUCUACCAACUGCUGCCUAGGUACGUGGCCGACGAACUCAAGAAGGGUUCACACGUGCAGCCAGAGGCAUUCGAGUCUGUCACGAUUUUCUUCAGCGAUAUUGUCGGAUUCACGUCCCUCUCCGCUGACAGCUCCCCGAUGCAGGUGGUUACGCUGCUGAACGACUUGUACACCUGCUUCGACUCCAUUAUAGAUAGACACGAUGCUUACAAGGUGGAAACUAUCGGGGACGCCUACCUGGUCGCCUCUGGCCUCCCCAUCCGCAACGGCAACGAACACGUGCGAGAGAUCGCGCGCAUUGCGCUGACGCUGCGUCAUCAGCUGCAGUUCUUCAAGAUCCGCCAUCUGCCCAAGAGGAAGCUGCAGCUGCGUAUCGGCGUCCACUCCGGUCCUUGCGUCGCUGGUGUUGUGGGCCUAAAGAUGCCGAAGUACUGCCUGUUCGGCGACACAGUCAACACGGCCUCACGCAUGGAAACAACCGGAGAACCGCUCAAGAUUCACGUCAGCUCCAAGGCUAAAGAACUGCUCGACAUAUUUGGAAACUUCCAACUCACACUAAGAGGCGAGGUGCAAGUGAAGGGAAAGGGAGUCAUGACCACCUACUGGCUGGAAGGGGAACACAACUGGCAACCGGAAACGGAACAGUGAAAAAGCUAUUUCCCAGUUGUCACGCAUCCGCCUUUCCGAGUCAAGCUUACUG